UAUCGAUACUUUGGUUGCGAUUGACCUAUAAGACUCGCCCAUGAAACGACUAACAGCUCAGUCGGUUAUUAAUUGUCGAACCGAUGAAGACGAUCGCGAUGACGACCACCAUGCACUGCCUUCUCGUAUGCAUUGCAUUGUGCCAUGUACCUGCUCUCGCGCAGGAGUUCGUGUAUCCAGACGUCUUUAACGACCCCGAGAGAGAUGCUUUCCUCUACGGCACCUUCCCCGACGACUUUGCCUGGAGCUCGGCGACCUCCUCCUACCAAAUCGAAGGCGCGUGGAAUGCGGACGGCAAGGGAGAAAGUAUCUGGGAUACGUUUACCCACGAAGGCGGUCACGUUUACAACAACGACACAGGCGACGUCGCUUGCGACAGCUACAACAAGUAUCGUGAAGAUGUAGCUUUGAUGAAGGCCAUGGGACUGAAAUACUAUCGGUUCUCCAUCUCCUGGGCUAGGAUUCUUCCGGAUGGCACCGCUGGGAACAUCAACGAACCUGGUAUCACCUAUUACAACAACGUAAUCAAUGAGCUCCGAGACGCCGGCAUUGCUCCUAUGGUCACCCUCUACCACUGGGACUUGCCUCAAGCCCUUCAGGACGUCGGGGGCUGGGACAACGAAAGCAUUGCCCAUCACUUCAAUGACUACGCAGACCUUUGCUUUGAUAGGUUUGGUGAUCGGGUCAAGUUCUGGAUAACCUUCAACGAGCCGUGGAUUGUAUCACUCUUAGGGUACGGCACCGCUGCGUUCGCUCCUGGUAUUGAUGAGAUUGGCACCACUGUUUACAGAACCACCCAUAACAUCAUCAAGUCACAUGCCCUGGCUUACCACACUUACAAUAAUUCAUACAGAGCUGAACAGAUGGGACAAAUUGGCAUCACCUUGAAUUCGGACUUUGUAGAACCUUUUGAUAGAACCAACGCAACAAGUGUCGAAGCUCAUCACCGAGCUCUGCAGUUCAACCUUGGUUGGUUCGCCCACCCCAUCUACAUCAACGGAGACUAUCCUGAGAUCAUGAAGACCAAGAUAGCAACCAAGAGUGCUGCUCAGGGCUUCGAACAGUCCAGGCUGCCCGAGUUCACCGAUGAGGAGAAGGCAAUGAUCAAAGGCACAGGCGAUUUCUUCGGGCUGAACCACUACACUUCCAACUACGCCAUCGAAGUCCCGGAGUACCUUGAGAAUCCGCCGAGCUACUGGACCGACUCCGACGUCGGGUCAUGGCAAGAUGACGCCUGGCCCAAGUCCGGAUCGACUUGGCUGAAGAUAGUUCCGUGGGGCAUCCGUCGCUUGGUGAAUUGGAUCCAGGAUGAAUACCACAUGCCCAUCUAUGUGACAGAAAAUGGCGUCUCAACCCUUGAUGUGUACGAGUUAGAUGAUCGAAUAAGGCAGGACUAUUACCGCGCCUACAUCAAUGAGCUUCUUAAAGCCGUAACAUUGGAUGGGGUUGACGUUAGAGGUUACACUGCGUGGUCGUUGCUCGACAACUUCGAGUGGGCUUCGGGCUACAGCGAGCGUUUCGGCAUGCACUACGUGAACUUCUCCGACCCCGCCAGACCAAGGGAAGCCAAGAGGUCAGCGACCAUGUAUGCCGAGAUCAUCUCCAACAAUGGAUUCGACGAUCCCGAAUUCGUUUGGCCCGAUGUUUUUAACGACACCGAGAGAGAUGCUCUCAUCUACGGCACGUUCCCCGACGACUUUGCUUGGAGCUCAGCGACCUCGGCCUACCAAAUCGAAGGAGCUUGGAACUUAGAGGGAAAGGGAGAGAGCAUCUGGGACAAUUUUACUCAUGAAGGUGGCAAAGUGAAGAAUAAUGAUAAUGGAGACGUUGCCUGCGACAGCUACCACAAAUAUCAAAAAGAUAUCGACAUCAUGAAAAACAUGGGUCUCAAUGCCUACCGUUUCUCCAUCUCCUGGCCCCGGGUUCUCCAGGACGGCACCACCGACAACAUCAACGAAGCCGGUUUUACCUAUUACAGCAACGUUAUCGACGCCCUUCUCGCUGCGAACAUCACCCCGAUGGUCACCCUCUAUCACUGGGACCUACCCCAAGCUCUUCAGGACAUCGGGGGCUGGGAAAACGAGGACCUGAUUGACCUCUUCAACGACUACGCCGACCUGUGCUUUCAGAGGUUCGGCGAUCGCGUCAAACUGUGGAUUACGUUCAACGAGCCCUGGGUCGUGACUUUGCUAGGAUAUGGCACUGGAGAGCAUGCUCCUGGUAUUGAAGAGAUUGGAACCACGGUCUAUACGACAAGCCAUACUAUCAUCAAGGCACACGCCAAGGCGUGGCACACGUACGAUGAUAAAUACAGGCAGACUCAAAAUGGACAAAUUGGAAUCACGUUGAAUUCCAACUUUGUUGAACCCAUCGAUAGUACAAACCAAAGCAGUGUGGAAGCGGCUGACCGUAGCCUACAGUUCAACCUUGGUUGGUACGCCCAUCCUAUCUUCAUCAACGGAGACUAUCCUGAGGUGAUGAAAGACAGGAUUGGACAAAAGAGUGCGGCUCAAGGGUACGCCAAGUCUCGUCUUCCGGAGUUCACAGCAGAGGAGAAGGCAAACAUCAGUGGCACCAGUGACUUCUUUGGGUUGAAUCACUACACGAGCAACUAUGCCUGGGAUCUUGGAUUGAACCUGGACGGGAACGCAAGCUACUGGUCUGAUUCUGAUGUGGGUGGUGAGCAGGAUGAGGCAUGGCCUUCUUCGGCCUCGGACUGGUUGAAGGUGGUUCCUUGGGGGAUCCGGAGACUCCUGGCCUGGAUCAAGAACGAAUAUGGUGACCUGCCGGUGUAUGUGACGGAGAAUGGCUACUCGACGGAAGAUGUCAAAGAACUUGAUGAUGUCAUGAGGCAAAAGUAUUACAAAUCUUACGUGAACGAAGUUCUGAAAGCAAUUCUGCUAGACGAGGUUAAUGUGAAAGGCUACACAGCGUGGUCACUUCUUGAUAACUUCGAGUGGGCAGAGGGUUACACCGAACGCUUCGGGAUGGUCUACAUCGACUUCAGCGACGACGAUCGAACUCGGGAGCCUAAGGUUUCGACCGAAGUCUAUGCCGAGAUCGUGGCCAACAACGGUUUCGUAAAAAGCAACGACACCGUGACGACCGAGCCUACGAUGACGACCGAGCCUAUGAUGACGACGGCAAAAGGCGAUAUCCCGAAGGCACUUGGUGUGUUUUUGACGAGCCUCCUGACCCUCGUGACGUAUGCCAUUUUCCGUUAGGUUCGGAUCGAUAUGCACUCUGGAACCAUCGGGGGGGGGGGGGUGGGAAUUAGGGAGGGGAGGAGGGAGGGGGCACAAAGCAUUGUGAACUCGACGCAUAGGUCCGUAUUCUGAAGUCGGGUUUAACUUAAACCAUGGUCUAUAAGUCUGGUCUAAAAUUAUGGGGAGCCAAAAACUCAACAAUUCUGCUUAUAUUAUCUAUUUCUUAUAUUUACUAUUUUGAUUCCCUUUGCUUUCAUAAUAAAGAAAAUAUUUCAGGUAUUAAUCUAAGAAAGUUCUAAAUGGUUUUAGUGUCAUAACAGUUAAUAAAUUGAACGUGUACUAAUAGAGAUUUGUGCCCUAAUUGGAUCUCCAUAGUUAAACCACAACUUUAAACCAGGGUUAAAUUUAAACCCGAGUUCAGAAUACGGGCCAUAGUGUUGACUUCAAUCGACUCGCAGGAGAUCUAUCACCAAAGUCUCCGUCAGACCGCCGUGAUCGAUUCGGCAUAAUUCAUCUUUUAGAAUUAAAGGUUAAAAAAUGCCACCCAUAAUGGAAGCCCCAUUAUAUAUAGGAGCAUAUAUCAUAAGAUAAGUAAAACCACAACGGCCAACAUUGGGACCACGGAUAACAUGGCAGUUUUUUUUUAAUACUUUUUUUUACACAAGUUUACUGCAAAAAGAAAAUGUGUGGUUUUGAAACCCUGGUUAUACAGUGCGUAUCAAAAAAAUGUUUACACUUAGAAAAAAUCCUGUAGUGUUGAUUUAACACUAGCCCGGAAUCAAUAUAUGUCCACACCAGAGAAGUUUUAAACAACACCAGUUUGGUUUUGGUCUAACCCCAGAUAUGAUUGUGUUUAUACAACACCAAUUAGUAUUAAAACAGCAUCGGUUUGAUUCCAAAUUGGUGUUAUUUCAAUACUUCUCCGGUGUGGACAGAUAUAGAUUCCGGGCUGGUGUUAAAUCAUCACCGUAGUUUUUGCAGUGUAGCAGUCACAGACAGAGUACGAUUAUUAUUUUUUUUAGGGGGCAUAUCAUGUAGCAUAUUGUUCACGAUAAUUUUAAAAACUUAUUUAUUCAGUUUUCUCGUAGGGGAGGAGGGGGGGGGGGGCUUGGAGUGAAAAUAUUAAUUGAUCCCUGCAGAGGGGGGAAAGAGGUAUGGCAUUAUGUAAAUAGUUGAUUUCACUGUUUGCAUCUUACAGUGCUGAGCAAAUGAGAAAUAAAUAAUCACUACUUUUACUGAUACAUUUUUUCUUCAAUAAAAAUGCGCCGAAGUAUUAUGUAUAUAUUCGGUCUUUUUGAUUUUCAAAAUAUAUUUCCGAAACCAUUGUGCUUCUAGCAUUUUGUUACAUUCCAUUUUUGCAGACUAUUUCAGAGCGGGCGCAGAGAGCUAGAAAAAAAAAUCCGACCAUAGUAAAAAGCGAGAUAAUUCCUCAAUGACCUGGACCUGUGUAAGGUUACCUGAUGCUGAAUUCGUUUACUUAUUAAAGGUCAAGUCCAUCCCAGGAAAAUGUUGAUUUGAAUCAAUAAAGAAAAAUCAAACAAGCAUAAUGCUGAAAAUUUCAUCAAAAUCGGAUGUAAAAUAAGAAAGUUAUGACACUUUAAACUUCUGCUUACUUUUCAAAAAAUAGUCAUAUGCACAGUUUAGUCACAUGCAAAUUAGAGAAUCGAUGAUGUCCCCCACUCACUAUUUCUUUUGUUUUUUAUUGUUUGAAUUAUACAACAUUUCAAUUUUUACAGAUUUGACUACAAGGUCCAAAUUGAAUGAACCAUAAAAUGUUAUGGUAAUGGUAAUUCCACACGUUCAGGGAAAAAUAAAGCUUCGUUUCGCAGGACAAUGAGAAAAUUGGAAUAUUUCAUGUAAUAAAAUACAAAAGAAAUAGUGAGUGAGUGAUGUCAUCAGUUCCCUCAUUUGCAUACUGACCAGGAUGUGCAUAUAACCGCUUUGUGAAAUUAAGCGAAACUUUAAAAUAUUAUAACUUUCUUAUUUUACAUCCGAUUUUGAUGAAAUUUUCAGUGUUAUGCUUGUUUGAAUUUUCUCUUCCUAUUCAAAUCAGCUUUUUGUUGGGGUGGACUUGUCCUUUAAAACAUCUGACAUAUCAAGCAGCGAGGACAUUCAGUGAUGAGGAAAAGAACAAUGCUGUAAUAUACAGAACUGCUAUUUCAUGAUAAAGAUUUGAAUUCCGAUCCCUAAGUAUUUGCUUGAUUGGAAUACUUGAUUCGCGAUAGUUUAGAUAACUUUUCCCCUUUGUAGAAUCUCAUGAUGCAGCAACCUUGUCCUCCGUUUUGUUCUUGUUCUGUUUUUGUUAAUUGUACUCGGUGGCGUACCGUGGGUCAAGGCAUGCGGGGGCACUCGAAAUUUUUGAGUCACUUAGUCACUUAGAUACAAAAAUAUAUCUCUAUUUAAAAUAUGUAUUGUGAAUUGUCUACAAAACCCAGCAUGGUCAGUUUACUAUGUAAUGACUUUGUAUGAUGUAUUAACUGUUACAGAUGAAUAAAUACGAAUAUGAAUUUUAAAUGUCAU